AUGAGCCGGUCCAUGAUGAGUCUUCUUCCUCAGGCACUCGCCUUUUUUGCGGGCUGCCUUAGUGUAUCUGCAGCUCAGUCUUCUGCUGAGGACUUAUGGCCUCUUCAAACUUAUAAAAGCUCGUCGAUCCAGACGCCAUUCAUGAACGUCACGAAGAUGGGUCAGACGGAGCCAGGAUACCUCUUCUUCACACCCGAGGAUAUAAUUCGCAAUGUCGGCCACCCAGCGAUAUACUCUGACGACGGCCAACUGGUAUGGCAAGGACCCAAUGGGAGCUACUCGGCUCUUCAGCCACAAAUGCUGGAUGGUGAACCGGUUAUUGCUCUUUGGACAGGGUAUGCCGGGGAAGGCUUUGGGUUUGGACAUAUCAGUAUCCUAAACAGUUCCUAUGACGAGAUCCACCGGGUCACCCUGAACUGCAAGGAACAGAACUUCGUCACUGUCUUCGACCCAAUGGAAUUCGAUUCUUGCAUUGAUAUACAUGAAAGCCAGUUUACCGAGAAUGGCACUAUCAUGGUCACUGCAGUCAAUGUCACACAAGCUGAUCUGAGCUCAGUCGGUGGACCUAAGGAUGGUUGGAUUCAGGAUGGUCUUAUCUAUGAGAUUGACAUUAAGACCAACGAGAUCGUGUUCCGCUGGAGUGCGCAUGAACAUCUUUCUGAGGCUCCUUUGAGCGAUGUCUAUGCUCCGCUUGAGGGUUCUGGUGUUAACAAGACUGAUCCUUACGGAUAUCCUCAUCUCAAUGCCAUUUACAAGUAUGGCGAUGAUUAUCUGCUGUCCUCGCGUUUUAUGUGCAGUGUGUUCUUCAUUGCUCCCAACGGUACCCUCAUCUGGCAUCUCCAUGGCCGAACUGGUGGUGACUUCCACCUCGGUAUCGGUACCAGCUUCUGUUACCAGCACGACGUCCGGUUCGAGUCGCAAACCCCUGAACGUGUUACAUUGAGCAUGCAUAACAACGAUAAUACCGAGUUCACGGGUCACACGGCUCUUACUACCGGUCUUGUUUUGGACGUCGAGCUGCAGGGAUCAAAGGAAGUAACCGUCAAGAGCCGCAUGUGGGAUGCUGAUGAGCCGGUGUACGCUGAGUCUCAGGGUAGUUACCAGGUCCUUGGAAAUGGACACGUUCUUCAAGAUCACGGUGCUACGCCAAAGAUCGAGGAGUAUGGUGAGAAUGGCCGGAUCGUGAUGCGUGCUCGCUUCGGCUACGACAAUACCAUGCAGACCUACCGUGCCUACCGGUACCCCUGGGUUGGUCGGCCCUCCACGAAGCCCGAUGUGGUUGCUUGCCCAUCUAGCAAGAGUGGAAAGACUGCAGUGUAUGUGAGCUGGAAUGGAGCCACUGAUGUACAGUCGUGGAAGGUGUAUUCCGGUUCUCAAAUGAAGAAAGUUGCCACGCGGAAUGGCUUUGAAACCACGAUCCUUGUGGAUGGCCUGUCACGUAAUGAUCAGCUUGUCGUGGAGGCUGUGGGUGGAGUCAACGAUGGUGCGAGGUCUCAGUCUGUUACUAUUGGACAGGGCUGCUGA